GUGACGUCACAUGAUUAGUUCCUGUCCUUACUUCCGGCUUCAUACUGCGGCUCCUCCGGGUCAUCACGCGAAGAAGACCGGAGCGGCAAUAAAACGGUGAAAAGGGCGUCUGCCUGAUUAACUUCAUGGAACAAACUUUGAGACGAACCACUGGAACAUUUGGGACUCUAUGAGUCGGCCAAAAACAACGAUAUUCAUUAGUGCGCCGCCAAAUCCUCAAACAUGGAGGACCCAAACAGACCUCAGCGUAAAAUGUCAACAGCAGGGGACAGUCUGUACAAAACCCUGGGUCUGGAGAAAGGAGCAACUCCUGAUGAAAUCAAGAAAGCUUACAGGAAACUGGCACUGAGGCAUCACCCUGAUAAGAACCCAGACAAUCCAGAAGCUGCUGAGAAAUUCAAAGAGAUCAACAACGCCAACUCGAUCCUCAGUGAUGAAAACAAACGCAAGAUCUACGACGAGUACGGCUCCAUGGGCCUGUACGUGGCGGAGCAGUUUGGGGACGAGAGCGUCAAAUACUACUUCCUCAUGUCCAAGUGCUGGUUCAAGGCCCUUGUGGUGUGCUGCGGUAUUUUCACCUGCUGCUGCUGUUUCUGCUGCUGCUGUUUCUGCUGUGGGAAAUGCAAAUCCUCAGAGGAAGAGGAACAUUUUGCCUACAUGGACCCAGAGGACCUUGAGGCAGAGAUCAGAGAUCAGGAUGCAGCUGGACACCGUGUAAUAAUAAUUCAGCCGAGCCCUAGUGCUGCCACUGACGCUUCAGGUGAAGCUGUCAUCUCUUCAGGCGAGAACGCACCUAUUGUGAUUCAGCCCCACGCAUCCAACGGCACCUCAGGACCCUGACCUUCUACCCUGCUGUCCCCCUUCAGCUGAUAAAUGAGUGAAUGGGUGGAGUCCUUCGGAGUCUGGACUGUCUGAUCACACCACAUCUGCACCAGCAGCGACUGAUAAGGCGUCGAAUGUGGCCGUCAUGCAGGACUCAUUUUUAUCUCCGAUGUUUUUAAGCGAAUCGAGAAGCGUUUUUUUAAAGUGCCAUAGUUUCUGUUUCUAAGUGCCAAUAGGUUUGUCUCCACUGCGAUCUUGUAUUUAUUUUUUUAACUUCUUAUUCUUGAGGUGUAAUCUCUGGGCUGCAGUGAUAUGUAAGGACCUAGCCAUGCAGAUCAAAGCUCUGGUAUAAUUUUAUGUGCACUUUAAUAUAUCGAGUUCAUGAUUAAAAUCCUGAAACUGCCACAAUGGUCUGAGAACAUAUCUGCUAAAGAUCUGCUCCGCUCAGAAAUUCUUAUGCAACAUAAUAAAUAGUGAGAGGUCAGCCACUUGAAGACUCCUCAUACUGUACAAAGUGACAUACUUUAGAAGGGCUUACUGAAAUGAUCUUUAUUUCCACCGAUGUUCCUCAAACGUACUCCAUAUUCUCCCUGAAACAAACAGUGCAGUGUAACUGUUUGGAUGUAACUGCCUGUUUAAAGCCUGAUGAGAAUGAUUUAAGAGACUCAUACUGCUUUAACAGAAAUAAAAACACUUCUAUUGAUUUUAGGAUUUCAUGCAACAUGAAACAGUAUUUCAGGCAUUCUGCAUGGGCUGAUGCCAGGAUGUGAUUAGGCUAGCUUAUCAUAAAGACUGGAAUCAAGUGUAACAAGGUUGCUAGGUUGAAGUCACCUUGGGGUUUCAGUCUGUGUUUUUAUUUAGAGUUAACUCCACAGAUGGAACGGGCAGAUAAAUAUGCUCUUUGUUUAAAAAUAAAAGAGUUCAAGCACUUGACUCUCCUUGAAACAAUUUGAUGUUUGUCUACAUGUAAAACAAAACUCCUAACAAUGUGUCCAUUAGGGAGCCUUAGAGGCGUUAAAAGACAUGCAUAAAACUUUCAUUAGUGCAGACUCAGGCUAGUAGUGGUAUACAUCUCAUCUCCUAAAGGAAGCAAAAAAAGGGUUUCCCAGUAUGUUGAGGAAAUCCUUAAAGUGGAACUUGUUCUUUUUGCCAUGGCUGCACAUAAAGUGACCUCAAGAAUAAACACACAUCAGCAUGAACCUUCUUUUUUUUUUGCUGCUGAUGAAGUUCAGACAGCGCAGAUAUUUCAGAUAUUUAUGACUCUUCUUACACUUGACGGUAAAACCAGCCGAUCAGGUUUCGUGUCUAAUGUUCUGGGUUCUUGUUCGACCUCAAGGGUUUUAUCCACGUGUCAAAACUUUAUUUUAAAGACAGCGAUCUCUGUGGUGUGUGUGAAUGUGUGUGUAUGUUUGUGUGUGUGCAAUGAUUAAAUUGUGCUCUUAUGUAUCUUUAUAUUUUGUUUAAGUCAGGAUUGUUUUUUUUAUGUAAAUUCAGAUUUAUAUAUUUUUUGAUUGAAAGUUUUAUGAGAAAUUGAGUGUAUAUUAAGAUAACACAUUAAAUUAUACCAUCUCUCAGUAUGUUUACAUUUGUUCUGUUUUUGCUGGGUGCAGGAAUGUGUAGGAUUGUUUGUGCUUUAUGGGGUUUUGUUCAGAUAUUUUAGUUUGUGUACAAUUUUCACUUUUUUUUUUUUUUUAUCAGCUUUUGGACAAUCCUCUGUAUUUUUGUAGAGCUCUAACAAUCCCAGAGAUUAAUUUAAUUCUGUUGAUUUUAUAAACUAGAAAUAAUACUUGACUUAACAAAAGUGCCUGAAUGCAUGUGAGUGGGAUUUUCUCUUUUUUAAGGUUUAUGUCAGAUGUAAAAGAGAAAUGACAUAUUUAGUUAAAUCAUCUCAACAUUCCCUGUUUUCUUUCUUUCUUUGAACAUGUUUUAAAAUGUUUGUCUCUGUAACAUCAGUGUUUGUUGGAUCAAUAAACUUGGGUGAAAUGAAA